UGACGUCAAUGCGCCUUGUAUAUAAAGAAAAAUUUGGUGACACAGUUGGCACUAGUUCGGCAGCAACAUGAAACACACUGCUAUUAUUCUUUUGUUGUGUUGUUGUUUAAUUGUCACCACAUUUGCUGGUUCCAAAGAAAACAAGAGUAAAGAUUCCAAAGAACACAAGGAUAAAGGUUCAAAGGGAUCUAAAGAAGGCGGGCAUUCGGGGGGAAAGGGCCACUCAGGGAGUGGAAGCAAAGAAUCUGGGAGUGGAAGUAAAGAAUCUGGGGGUGGAAGCAAAGAAUCUGGGAGUGGCAGCAAGGAAUCCGGAAGUGGCAGCAAAGAAUCUGGAGGUGGCAGCAAGGAUUCUGGAAGUGGCAGCAAUGAGUCCGGAGGUGACAGUAAGGGCUCUGGAGGUGGCGGCUCUGGAGGUGGCAGCUCUGGAAAACAUUCAGUAUCGCUGAAAUUUACCGCCUCAUCCACUUACUGUUAUACCUACAACGAGAAAAGUCAAACCGUGAUUUACAACGACUACGAAAACAAGUUGGCUGUUUUUUACGUUGGUCAAAGUGGCGAAGCUUACAUAUUUUCGUUCCAAGAAGGUAGAGCAGUGUACAUUAGUGGAGGUUUAACCAAAAACACUUGGAAUGUCAAAAACAAAAAAUUCGAAGAAUAUUUCAAAAAAGUGUAUUCGACCAAAGAACUGUACGAAUUUGGUUUGAAGCGUGGAUAUGCAUUUAAUGGUGAUACUGUUGACAAAAAGGUACUGGUGAAGCUUAAACAGGUUUUGGUCACUCAAAGUAGGGAGUACAGUCACACUUGCAAUGCCUACAACCAUGCUAUAUUGACGUCUAGACACAUAGUCAAGUAUCCAAUAAAAGGGGCAGAAAACUAUUUUGGUUCUUUACAAAAUGUCCAGUUGAAAGGUGACGCUUAUUGGAUCAGAGGGUUCUUCCAAGGUUGGAAAUAUUUCCUCCGAGACUUCGACGGCGAAUUCGACGCUUUUAAAAAAGCGAACGUCAAACUAGACGCGAAAAAACUCCUACAAACUGAAUCUGGAGACGAAGUUUAUAUUGAAGUCUUACGAGCGAUUAGCUCGAAAUCUAACUUGGUGAAAGUCGUAGCGAAACGAAGCAACAACCAGAUCGGAUUCUUCGGAUCGAUUGCUGGUUUUUCUGGAAAAGGCGCUAGUGGUUAUCGAGGGUUCUUGGUCGUGGUGCAACACUAUCUACUGUAUGCUAACGGGGAUAUUUCUUCUAGUACCUUCAGGUACCAUCUGACGGAACAUUUAAUGAGCAGAAGCGAGGUUCAAAUUAAUUAUGAGGAGAAGUGGGAAACCACUAUUAAAAGAAUGGUACAAACGAUUAAGGUGGAGCUUAAAUUGGAGAGAGAGUUUGGAGGUAUACUACAAAUCUUGGAGAAAAUUCAGAAAAAGCAGUGGACUUUGAAUGAGGUUAAUCUUUACGAAGGGGUAACUGCUAUUUGCAAGGAGAAACGUCCUAGUAAUAAAGAGUCGAUUAAAAAGCUUUGGGGAAAACUGAAAAAACGUGGAGAUAAAGACAGCAAUGAAUGUGAUUAAGGUUUCAAUUUGUGAACGUUAAUUUAUUGUAUUAUUUAUGUUGGUAGUACUUAUCUGUUGUACGGGAUAAAUAUUUCACAGUUGG